GUUUGUCACACACAAAAAUUAUUUUCCAUUGAAGUGAUGUAACUGAAAGAAAAAUUCUUUUUUGUGGAAAUUAUAGAAAGGAAAAACCAACUUUUUUUUCGUUCAAUUUAAAAUGAACUUUAUGAACAUGUGUGCUUUUUGUGUGACAACAUUAUUUUAUCAUAGUGGAUCGUAUAAUUGGUUUAGAAAAGAACAGUAAAUUCGAGCAAAGCAAGACAACGAACAACAACACAAGCUCUAUUCUCCUUCCACAGGAGAGAGACUUGGAUUUUUUUGUUUUGUAUACACAAAAGUAAAAUAAUAAAAAAACGUUAAGUUCAGUUGUGGUGGUGGGGGAACAUCUAAUGACGCGCACACCACGAAGCAUAUAAAUUCGAGGUACAAAGUCACAACAGCAAGUCAGUUGACUUAAGGAAGCAUACAAGUGAAGUUCACUUUGUGAACUAUAUUGUGAAUUCAAAUCAAGUGAAAAAAUAGACUUUUAUAAACAAAACAACAACAGACCCAUUGCGUCGUAUACAAGUGAAGUAGAAAUAAAAAGACAAAUUUCUUUGGACAGAGGCAGACAACAAAUUAACCUUCUAUUGGGCUUCGAUCGUUGUAUGGAGCGAGAAAAAAAGUCUACAAAUAGUGGGGACGAGCCGGGCCUGUGCAAAAAAUUGCAGGGCCAGAGCAGUCUUUAUGCAGACGCUGGAGCAAUUAGCUCAUUCACAAACGAUUGCGAUGGUGGUUAUGUACCAACGGUUGGUCGCUGGGGCUGCGAAUGGCCAAGUUGACUCGCCGAUGACAAAAACAGUCUUUCACUUCGCCAUAGAACCGGAUCGGUUCAGCGUUCAAACAAUUGGCUGACCGAAGCCGAUAGUUGCUAUGAUGAUGAUGAUGAAGACGACGGUGAUGUGACCGGCACCAAAUCAAAAUGGGCCGCUGCCGACAGCUAUGACUUGAAUGCAUUUCGGCAAAUCGACGGAUCGUGGCCAAUCGGACAUCCGUUGCCGCUGCCAAAAUGGACGAAUAAAUCGAAGAAACGAUUAGUCAUUGAAAAGAUUUGGCAAUAUGAAGAUCUGUGCGGCAUCAUUGAGGUGACUCUUCAUCGUAUAUUGGAGGAAACGCAUUACAACACAGCUAACAACUUCGUUGAUUUCCACAAGGCGUUUAAACAAUCCACAGAACCGAACUUGAGGCAAUUCUAUCAGACCUAUGUACCGCCAAUAAACCGACGUCAUCACACCUGCGUCAGUCUUGCCAUGGAAAUCGUUACUCGACUGGGUGCUGUUGCACCGAAUCUAGCCGAACAUUGUUAUUUGGUUUCAUGCGAGGAAGCCGUCGAGGCCGCCAGUCCGUACAUUGAGAACUGUGAAGAGAAUGGCAUGGAGAACACGGUCUACAGUUUGGAAAAGGAACACGUCCUGAUCGCAUUGAAGAUAAACGUUGCCGGCCGUGACGGACUCAUGAUCUUGGAUGCUGGUUAUCAUGUCUCUCGGGCUGUAACUGUAAUGAAAGAUCAGUGUUAUCCGCACACCGGAUGGUUCAUCCAGUCGAACGAGCCGCAUUGCAAACGCGAGUACUGCUAUACGAUCAGUUCGGUCAGCAAUGAUUUCGUUGAAUGGACCGAACGUGCGACCAGGGGAAACACCGAAUCGUACGAAAUGUCAUUGGUGUAUGUAGAGCGCCCGUACCGGUCAGCUGUGGAUGUCACCGUUCGUCGUAAUCUGGUGUACAAUUUCAGGUCUCUGUUGUCCCGAGAUGCAAAGGGACGCGUUUGUGCUGGGUUAUACUUCCCAGUGUCAAAUGGAGGCGGUGAUGCGCAGCUAACAUUAUUCUACGAUGGACCGAAUGAUUCUAGCGUCAAGGUCAAGCAAAAGUUUUCCAUCUUCAAGGAUGUAGAGAAGAUUCCCGACGCGGUAAUGGUCCAUUUGGAACUCCUAGCACCUCAGUUAGCGAUGGCAAUGGAAGAUCUGACCUCGCUGCUGAAAUCAUUGUACGACGUCAUUUGUGACCAAAAUUUCAUUGGCCAGGUGCUAUCGAUCAAUGAUGAUAUCACCGUUAUGUCAGCAGACAACUAAAGAAACGGAAGAAC